AUGGUUCUCGGAUCUACUACCGCCCUGCUGGGCGUUGUUUCUACGGCUCUUUUGUCCGCGAUGUCCGCCCAGGCCGCAAGCCUCGAAAGUGUCCUUGCUGGGCAGGCCAAUCUCACAACAUUUCGUGGCUUGAUCAAAAAACACCCCGAUAUUUUUGGCAAGUUCUCCGGCGAGGUGACAAUCGCCGCGCCGAACGAUAAUGCCUUUGGGAAGCUCGGCGACUGGGACUCCUACAGCGACAGCCGGCUAGAUUCCACGCUUCACUAUCACGUCCUCAAGGGCAGCAUCACGACCACGUCCCUCCUCAAAGGCGACUCCAUCUGGGCCGCCACGGACCUCACCGACAAGGACUACACCAGCGUCUCCGGCGGACAACACCUAAUCCUCAACAAACAGCCGAGCGAAGAGGUGGUCCUCACCUCGGGCUUCGCAACCCGCGGUACCAUCGUCGUCGAGGACCUCUCCUUCGACAACGGCAAAAUCCAAAUCAUCGACUCCGUGAUGCGCGUGCCUGAAGGCAUCGAGUCCACCGCGCGCAGCGCCUACACCGACCUAACCGCCUUCGUCGGCGCACUCUACGCCGCCGAUCUGAUCGACGAAGUCGCAGGGCAAAAGGACGUAACCAUCUUCGCGCCGCGCAACGCCGCGUUCCAGCAGCUGGCCGGCACGUUCGAGCGGAUGGACACCGAGACCCUCCGCCGCGUGCUGCGGUACCAUGUCGUCCCUGGCCGGGUAUCGCACAUCUGGGAGUUGAAGAACGAGAGCGUGCUGGCGUCGGCUGAGAAUGGCAACAAGCUGGCCAUUACGCGGCACACGAACUUUAUCUAUGUGAACUCGGCGGAGAUUCUACAAGCGGACAUUUUGGUCUCCAACGGCGUUGUGCAUCUGAUCGAUAAUGUCCUCGGCCCGGACGAGGCCAAUGCGCGGCCGAAUUUCUCGCUGACUGCGGCUCAGCCGCCGGUGUUGACGCAAGUCGGAGCCACGGCUACGGGUACUGGCGUGCCGACGCCGUUUGCGUCUGAUUUGCCUUGUACCGCGAGUUGUCCGCCGGCUGAGGCCAGUGGGGGUGUGAAUGGGGGGUACGGGACCGCAUAUGGUCAGGAUGGGAGUUCGACUAACGGCGGUGUCGCAUUGCCGAGGUGUACGGGAUUGGCUGGGGCGGGUGUUGGAGUUGGGAUUGCGGCAAUUGGGGCUAUGAUGGCGCUGUAA